AAUCAGAGAAGCACACUUAACGCCGAAGACUGUUAUCUGCCGUUGAUGGAGCAUGCAUUGAUCAUCAUGGAUCAGUAUACAAAUAUUCAAAAGUAGGUCCGUCCCUUGCGACGCUUCUGAAGACUCUCCUCUCUUUCCCCUCCCUGAGACGGUCAAAAAUUAAGAUGGCACCUCUGAAGAGUGUUUCCCUAAUCUUUGCGUGUGGAACCGCGCUGUUCUCCGACGGUUACGCCAAUAACAUCAUCGGAAGUGUGAACACUCUUCUGAAACGUAUCUAUGGGAAUGAAGUGAUCAAGGCCAAGAACUAUAGCACUCUCGUGAGUAGCUUGGCAUUUGCUGGUACAGUUGUUGGGAUGCUCGUCUUCGGCUAUCUAUCCGAUAAAAUUGGGCGCAAAUUUGGCAUGAUGUCGGCUACCGGCAUUGUCGCGCUCUUCUCAGCUUUGUCCGCCGCGUCUUCAGGCGCCCAUCACAGUGUCGAUGGAAUGCUAAGUAUGCUUGCUGCUUGCCGGUUCUUUCUCGGUAUCGGUAUCGGCGCAGAGUAUCCUUGCGGAUCUGUGGCUGCAUCAGAGAAUUCUGAAGAAUCCACCAUAAGUAAGAAUGCUCAGCAUCGGUGGUUUACAUUGGCGACCAAUUCCAUGAUUGACUUCGGUUUUGUGGUUUCGGCCUUCGUUGUCUUGGUGCUAUACUGGAUUUUCGGAGAAAACCACCUCCGCGCUGUUUGGCGUCUCUCCUUGGGACUCGGAGUUGUCCCUGCAUUGGCCGUUUUCAUCUGGCGUCUUCGGAUGGACGAGUCUGAGCGAUACAAGAAAGAUUCUAUGAAGCGGGUUCGCAUUCCUUACAUGCUUGUCCUGCGUCGAUAUGGAGUAUCGUUAGCCGCUAUCUCGUUUACCUGGUUCCUAUAUGAUUUCAUUGUGUAUCCGUUCGGACUAUAUUCUUCCACCGUGGUGAACAAUAUUACUGGCGGCUCUGAGAAGCUUAGCAUCGUAUUUGGAUGGAACGUUGUUAUUAAUCUUUUCUAUAUCCCAGGAACUAUCAUUGGAGCUUUCGUUGUCGACUUCCUGGGGCCAAAAUGGACUAUGAUUGUGGGACUCCUAGCACAGGCAAUCAUCGGGUUCAUCAUGAGCGGGUGCUACGAAAAGCUUGCCUCGCACGUGGCUGCAUUUGCCGUCGUUUAUGGCAUCUUCUUGAGUUUUGGAGAGUUGGGUCCCGGUAACAACAUCGGUCUUCUGGCGAGCAAAUCGAGCCCUACAGCUAUUCGGGGACAAUUUUAUGGAAUAGCCGCAGCCGUUGGUAAAGUCGGCGCUUUCGUUGGGACAUGGGCAUUCCCUCCAAUGAUUGAUGCGUUCGGCGGAGAGGACACGACCAGAGGAAACACGGGUCCUUUCUGGGUUGGUAGUGGUCUUGCCAUCUUAAGCGCCAUCGUGACUUUCUUUUUCAUCAAACCCUUGAGUCAUGAUGGUAUGAUUGAGGAAGACAUCGCUUUCCGACAAUACUUGGAAUCGAAGGGCUUUGAUACCUCGCAUAUGGGAUUGGACAUUGAGAGCGAAACUUCGUCAGAGACAGUAGAAGAAGACGAGAAGAAAGUUCCGGUGUAAUCGCGAUUUUAUGAUCGCAAUAUUGCUUCGUGAUGACUUUACGACUGGUGCAAACUGUAACUAAUGACAAGCGCAGCAUUAUUGGAUGAAUAACAGAUUGACCAGAUUGACGAAUAAACUUCACGU